AUGUCGUUUCCUGUCGUCAACGGUGUCGAGGUUGCGGUGGCACCUCCAUCGGGGUACAGAGUUGACUUUGAGAACCCAUUGACUGAUGCGUCGAUGGUCCUUUCUAUCGCGGCUCAAUCAUGUCUUCUCAAUGCAUACAGUCGCAAACUACUUGGCGUCCAUGCAUGGGAGAUGCCAAUCGACAGCAACACUCAAGCCAACCUACUCGUCAUGUGCACGACACUGACUUACAUCCCGACGACAAUCCUCUCCAAGCUUACGCUCUGCUUCUUUUACUACCGCCUCUCGCCAUCUCUAUGGUAUCAAUACUCGGUCUACUUCACCGGCUUCAUCUGCAGUGCUAGUCUCGUCGGUAUCUGGUUCAGUGUUCUGUUCGCAUGCAAACCUAUCGCUGCGGGAUGGGAUGUUAGGAUGUCGGUUGGGGCUACUUGCAUCAAUCGUCCUCCCAUCUACAUCACCCAGGCUGCCUUUGGUUGCAUCACUGAUGUGAUGCUGUUGGUGUUGCCUAUUCCAACAGUUGUCGGUCUACAAAUGUCUGCGCGACAAAAGCUUGGUCUUGUCGGACUAUUCGCUAUCGGUUCCAUUACUCUCAUCACAUCCAUUGUCCGGCUGGUUCUUCUUCUGCCAAGCUUGUCGAAUCCCGACCAGAGUUGGUCAUUGGCAGAAGGAUGCCUCUGGGUCAUCAUCGAAGCCAAUCUGCUCAUCAUGUGCGGUUCCCUCCCUACCCUUCGUGUCUUUCUCAAAAACGUCGCCCCUCGAGUUCUCGGCGACAAAAGCACACGAAAAGGUAGUGAAGAGCAAAGUGGAAGCGCCAACUUUGGUCUCCACACCUUUGGUGGUUCAAAUGGACCACGCCGAAAGUUCGAUACGCUCGUGGAGCUGGAGCAUGAUACUCACUUCAACAGAGUGAGCUUGCGGCCUGAAGGGAUGGGUAAGACAGAUGUCAACAUCUACAGUGGCAGAUCGGAUGAAUCUUUGGAGAACAACCCAACUGGGGAUAAUGAUAGUGAGGACGGGAUACUGCAGACGCGUACUACGACUGUUCAGUAUGAGAAUAUGUAG